CCUCAUAGUUUAUAUCUUUUGUUGAACCAAAUUUCUCAGUCAUUCAACAAAUGUCAGGGUUUGUAUUAGCAGAUCUUAACCAUGUUAUAUAUUCACAUAUCAGUCAAAGAUUAAUGGCAGAUUUUCUUAGUAUUCAUAUUUCAGUAUCAGUGAGUAAUAACUAAUAAUAAAUACGUUUUUCAGUCGAGUGAUUGUUGUAGAAUCCUCAGACUGAGGGAGAGAAACAGAAAUAGAUUGAAACGAGUACCUAGAGAACAUUUAACAAGACCCAUUAGUAUAGCGAAGAAUUGGAAUUGAUCCAAGACACACUGGACACACCUUCUACAGACUGGGGCCAAGUGCUCCCUGCACUACUGGGACCAGUCCAAUUGGAGACGCGGAGUGAUUCAAAUUACCUUUCAGCUAACUGGAACUAAAGUGGACCCUCUUAGAUAGGAGUCAGAACACCAUGGGCCAAGCGUAGGUCCUGCAGUCUGAAGGUUUCCAAGACAGCAGAAAAAACAAAAAAAUAAGUAGCCUACCCAUCCUGACUUACAACUAAAAGGGAACACUUCCAGGCUCAAGAAGCAUGGAUUGGAAGAGCCUUGAGGGUCUGCUCAGUGGGGCCAACAAGUACUCCACCAUCUUCGGGCGCAUCUGGCUGUCGAUCGUCUUCGUCUUCCGGGUGAUGGUGUUCGUGGUGGCGGCAGAGCGCGUGUGGAGCGACGACCAGGCCAACUUUGACUGCGACACCCGGCAGCCCGGCUGCAAAAAUGUCUGCUACAACCACUUCUUCCCGGUCUCCCACAUCCGCCUUUGGUCCCUUCAGCUCAUCUUCGUCACGUGCCCGUCCUUCUUGGUGGUUCUGCACGUGGCGUACCGCGAGGAGCGCGAGCGUAAGUACCGCAUCAAGUACGGCGAGCAGGCGCGUCUCUAUGACAACACGGGACAAAAGCACGGGGGGCUGUGGUGGACCUACCUGUUGAGCCUCUUCUUCAAGACGGCCAUCGAGCUGGGGUUCCUCUACCUCCUCCACCUCAUGUACGACAGCUUCAAGCUCCCCAGGCGCGUCAAGUGCGGCGUCAGCCCCUGUCCCAACGUGGUGGACUGCUACGUGGCCAGACCCACCGAGAAGACAGUGUUCACCUACUUCAUGGUGGCCGCGUCCAUGGUGUGCGUGGUCCUGAACCUGUGCGAGAUAUUCUAUUUGAUCACCGUGCGCCUGUUGACGAUGAAGCGCCAGGGUACAGUCCGCACGGCUUCGAAGAGGAUAAUCUCUGAAAAGAAGGAUUUGAUGUAAAAAAAUUGGUUUUGAUCAUUUGUAUUGGUUUGGGGGAUAAAAAAAAAAAAAAAGACUGCAUGACAUGCGAAGACCUAUAUGGUCUACACACGCCUACUGGUGAUUGUCUUUUACAGUGUCAAGAUUUCGAUAUUUCAAUUGUCAUAUCACAUUAGAAUAUAGGCUACGUACAGUAUGCAUGUGGCAUGGUCUAUGAAUAACUGUAUUCCAUGUUCUGGUAUUCUAAUUUAAACUAAGGGCACUGUUUUAAAGGAAUAUAAUUAAAACAAGGUGCAUUGAUUUAAUGUGUGUUAUGUCAGCCCUUGCCACUUCAAUGCUCAAAAAUCCAAUUUAUAUUCGCUGUAAUCUUCAAGCUGAAAAUAAAACCAAACAUAAAUUGUAAUGUUUUGAAUAUCAACACCUCAUUAGUGCCUUUCUUAGCGUCGGUGACCCGCUAGGGAUAUGGAUGCCUUUAUUUGUAGGAUAAUAACGUCCGCUAGGUGGCGACAUAGAAAAGCUAAAAGACAACAGGGUUACAUCAACGUCUUCUCUCACUGUUGGACUGUAUUCAGCAUCAAAGAAUCGCUCAAGAAAUGAUCCAGCCCUCUUCUUUUAUUGCCUCUUCCCAUAUUUCGUCAUACUAUAAUGUAUAUCAGGCCUAUGCAUUGGGUUGUCAUGAUACAUACACCUUUCCCCAUUUAUUCAGCUUAUCUCUUUAAGAUUAAUUAAAAAUACUUACGAACGAAUUAAAGCAGCUUGACCUCUAGGCUUAAGGUGUUUUAUGCAUGCUUUCUUUAUAUUAUUCGACCUGAGUGACAUUGGCAUCCUUACCCCAGGGUUGGUUAGAUCAAAUGGGAGGAGCGUCAUUUAGUAAACAGACGCACCUGGGCUCGUUAUGACGCCGACUGUUCGCUCAUGCAGAAGCUACACUUGUUGUCUCCUUUAUACAGCAAAAGUCGUGAGAAACCACAGCGCUAUUUUAUGCCGGACGGAUGAAACCCAACGGGAUGGCGGUGAAAGGUAAGAUCCUACAUUAAUCACAUAGGCCUAUUGGUUCUUAUUGGGAAGGAGCGGUCAUUUGCUUUGGGUGGAGCGAUGGGUACACGCGGGUUUGAUGAACGUGUAUUUGAUAGACGAACUUCUUGUUUAUAAACGUCAAGGGAUAAUAUGUAUCGUCUUCCAACAUACGAUGGAUACAAUUUUGGUAAUUAUUUUGAUUUGUUUCACUAUUGGCCUAGUUUUGAAAGUGUCGUGAAAUUGUCUUGUUAUUUAUAAAACAAUCACUCAUCUACCUAUUCUUUUUUAAAGUAUUUUCAUUUUACAAACUUUUAAAAUGAUCCCCUGUGUGAAAAUCGUAUGCUAUAUGAUAAAAUAUGAAGAUGACACCAAUAUAACAGACCAUGGUGACACCAAAUGUAAAAGUUAACACAUUCCGAACCAUUACGACUACUCAUUCUGUAUAGGCUUACAUCAUUGAAAAUGCACAGCAGAGCAGGACUUCGACCUAAAUACCAGGUUAAUCAUUCAUUUCCAUGACAUCUAGGCUGUGGAUUUGACCUGCCCCUCGGAUUCCGAUCGAUAAAACAAAAAAAGACAGAUCAGCUGUGUGUGUGUGUGUGUGUGUGUGUGUGUGUGUGUGUGUGUGUGUGUGUGUGUGUGUGUGUGUGUG